AUGGCCCCUCGCUAUCGCAAUAUUGCUGUCAUAGGCGCUGGACCUUCAGGCAUCUCGGCUGUCAAAGCGUUGCAUGAAGAGAAAGUCUUUGAGAAAAUUCGGAUAUUCGAGCGCCGUGAUAAGCCCGGAGGUAUCUGGCACUAUGAUUCCACUCCAGAUGUGUUUCCAAACGGUACUGAGCCAGAUGGUUCCCGAAGCACAAUUCCCAAGAAGCUCCCUCAAUUCGCAUUUCCGAGCCUCGAAGAUACGACGGCACGAACUGGGAUUUACGACACCCUUGACAGCAAUGUAGGCUCCAAGGCCAUGGCUUUCACGCACAAGCCCUUUCCUAAAAUAAACUCCGCAUUAUCUGUUAAGCAGUUCGGACAUUCAAAUCCGACUCAUCCUUUUCGCGUCAUUACGGGCUAUUUGGAGGACCUGUUCAAUGAUUAUCACCACCUCGCUAGUUUCAACACUACCGUCGAAAAGGUCGAGAAGCAAGAUCGCAAGUGGAUUUUGACUCUCCGUCAAUCGGGCCACGUUCGCGAUGGUAAAUCGAAGGACUAUUGGUGGCAGGAGGAGUUUGACGCGGUCAUCGUGGCCUCUGGACAUUACAGCGUGCCUUUGGUUCCAGAUAUCCCAGGGCUGGAAGUCGCUUUCGCGGCCUAUCCAACAAGAUUUGAACAUUCUAAGGCCUAUCGCGCUCAAAAUGAUUAUGUGGAUAAGAAGGUUAUCGUGGUUGGGGGAAAUAUCUCAUCUGCCGAUCUUGUUGUUGACCUGCAUGCUAUCGUCAAAGGCCCGUUGUAUCUCUCUCAGCGAGGACACAACGAGGCACUACAAUCGGCAUGGGAUUUGCCCAACGUUCAAACUAAGACUGUGAUCUCCUCAAUCGAAAGAAAUUCUCGAGGCAUCGAUGUGAAGUUCGCGGAUGGCUCAAAUAUCUCGGAUGUGGACAAGAUCAUAUUUGCAACUGGGUACAAGCUUUCCUACCCAUUUCUCACUCCUAACCCUGUGACACCGAACAACCGAGUCGCCGGUUUUUAUCAACAUAUCUUCAAAAUAGGCGACCCAUCAUUAGCACUUGUGGGACAAGUUCGGGCUGCUAUCAGCUUCCGGGCCUAUGAGUACCAGGCCGUUGCCGUGGCAAGGUACUUCGCAGGACGAAAUGGCAAACAAUUGCCCAGCUCCCAGCAGCAAGACUUGUGGGAGAUUGAGAGGCUUAAGUACAAGGGCCCCACAGCGCUGUUCCAUGAGAUAAAACCCGACUUCAAAGAAUAUUUUGAUUUCCUGCGUGACCUGGCCGGGCCGCCUGCGAAGGAUAGUGAUGCGUAUGAGUUGCCAGCCUGGGAAGAUCGAUGGGCCGAGCAAGCAUUUGAGGUCUUGCAGUUGAAGGAUAAAUAUUGGCAGUCUUUGAAAAAGAUUGCGGACGGCUCUAACCAGGUGAAGGCGAAGCUGUAG